CGUCAAAUGGCACUUAUGCGUCUGCUGACCAGCAGUGCUGGGGCGUGUAGUGGCUAUUGUCACUAUUGUCACCAAGGAAGAAAAGAGACAGGAGGGGAGAGUAAGAGUGACGGCACCCGCAGUCACACCAAGGGUUGGAUCUGGAAGGAAAGGAAAAAGGACCCAUGGGAGAGGCCAGGAUCCCAGGGGAAGCUCAGCCCUCUGUCCCGGACUCCAGCUUCCCCCACUUGGAGGUCCCGUAGACGGAGCGAGAGAUGGCCCUCCCCGCCUGCCACCCGCAUUCUUCCAGUUCUUCAGAUCAAAUCCAAGUUCUCGGGAAACCCCACUGGCUCUAUCUUCAGAACACAUCUGGGAUCUGCCCACUUCACCUGGCUGGAUCACCCCUGGAUCACGCGGAGAUUGGAUACAGUUCCCUGUGCUCUAAAGGAGGACUGCCUGCCCUGCUUCCGUGCGCCACUGAGCACAUCGUCACCUCCUAAUUCACUUCUGUAUUCUCUCUUUGCUCCUCUUCUGUCUUCCUGCACUCGGCACAAGUUCCAUGAAGUCUCGGGUUUCUCUGAUUUGCUCACUGACGCAAGACGAGGAGGAGGAGGAGGGUGCCGAGGGCCCCCCGCCCUGCCUGGCCCCCGGGAGGUGCUCAGCAAAUAUUUGCAAAGUAAAUGA